UGGAGCGGGGAUGGACCGCUGCAGGAUUGGAGGAUGGCUGGUGUCGGUGUGGCCCCUCGCCAAGCCCAUAUGUCUUUAUAUAGUGUAAAGACGCGAGAGGACAGUUCUAAGUGUGCAUCCACUCUGCUCAAGGCGCACUUAUUUGUGCAGCAUCCCCCACUUCUCCUCAUCUCCUCGCUAUGGCCGCACCGAGCCAUCUUCUCGCGCUCUUCUUGGGGCUCCUGUCGGGCAGCCUCCUAACCGAGGCCACCUACUACCGGCCCCACCGCUACUUCCCUCACUUUAUCCGCUUCCGGGAGCCGGCCGCCAACUCAGAAAAUCAUCUCCCGGAGGUCGACAACCGGGUGCCCACAGCGCCGCAUCCCGGCGUGCCGCGUCACCCCGUCAUCACCGCACUCACCCAGCGUUCACCUGAGACCAUCCAGAAUCUACCGGAGGCUUUCCACCCGGCGCCAGAAGUCGUGCAUCCCGCGCCCGACACUUACCAUAGGUCGCCACCGGAAGCCCCCUCUCCAGUCAACAUGAGCCGGGUCUUCUACGGCGUCAUGUUCGAUGCAGGCAGCACCGGCACCCGGAUCCACAUCUAUAAAUUCAUCCAGAAAGAUCCAGUUGAGCUGCCAGUCCUGGAAAAUGAAAUGUACCAUGCUGUCAAACCUGGACUUUCUGCUUAUAAAGACAACCCCGAGGAGGGCGGCAACACAGUGCUUCAGCUGCUGAAGAUAGCCAAAAAGACCAUCCCAGAGGAAGAGUGGACGAAAACCCCGGUGGUCCUGAAGGCCACGGCGGGCCUGCGCCUUCUGCCUGAGGACAAGGCCAACGCUCUUCUGAAAGAGGUGAAAAAUGUUUUUCAAGAGUCGCCCUUCUUCGUGCCACACAACAGUGUCACCAUCAUGAAUGGAACUAACGAAGGAGUCCUGGCCUGGGUCACGGUGAACUUCCUUACAGGCCACUUGUAUUCCAACACAAGAAGGACAGUGGGCAUCCUGGACUUGGGCGGAGGAUCCACACAGAUCACCUUUCUUCCCAAGUCUAAGAAAACUAUUCAGUCUGCUCCCAAUAGCUACAUUGCCAAUUUCAACCUGUUCAAUAGCACAUAUCAGCUCUACACACACAGCUACCUUGGCAAUGGAUUGUAUGCGGCUCGGCUGGCAACCCUUGGAGCGCUGGGAGCUGAUGGUCUUGAUUAUAAGAUUUUCACCAGCUCCUGCUUGCCGAAAAAGUUCAGAGAAGAUGUGACUUUUGGUGGAACCACUUACAAAGUCAGCGGCGUUCCAGACGGCUAUGCAGGCUACAAGCUGUGCUACUACGAAGUGAUGAAGGUCAUCAAUGGGAAAGUGCACCAGCCUUUGGAGGUGAAAGGCAGCAGCGUCUUCUAUGCUUUCUCCUACUACUUCGACAGAGCUGUGGAGUCCGGCCUUAUUGAUGGCAGCCGAGGUGGUUCUAUUGAGGUCAGGGAUUUUAAGAAGAGGGCCAAAGAAGUGUGCAACAAAAUGACCAAAUACCGUGCCAUCAACCCCUUCCUGUGUAUGGACAUGACAUACAUCACGUGUCUGCUCAAGGAGGGCUUUGGCUUCAAGGAAAGCACAGUGCUGCAGCUGGCCAAAAAAGUGAACAACGUGGAGACAAGUUGGGCCCUGGGCGCCACUUUUGACUACUUCAGGAACCUCAACAUCCACUAAGGGCAGCUCGACGUCAUUGCAGCCGGCACUGAGAGGGACACUUUUGUCACUGCGAGGCUUCCCUCCACCCACCCUCACAAACAGUCCAGACACACCCGCUCCCCAGUCCUCUAUUCGUCGUCAGAGCCUGGCAAACCCUACCAGAACUGUUAAACAAAUAAAUCACUAUAUUUUUUAUUUUUAUAAGGCCAGCUAUUUCUACUGUAUGUUGAGCCCGUGGCUGCUGGGCUGAUUUUAUUUUUGUAAAACGUUUUUGCUUCCUAAUUAGUUGUUUUCAGAUGUGUCCUCACCUGUCCGUUGAGCAUGUCGGCUUAGUUUGUAGUCACAGUGGUCUGCUUGUGGGCCGCACCAUACAAAACCGUGUCUUGGAGAUCUUUGUAAAUCCUUCCUUACAAUUCUUGACGCUAACCAUUUCUCAAAAAUGUCCAAGAAGCUGACAAGCACACAGCGUCUGUCCUUCAACUUUGCACGCAAACACUUUAAUUGUAGACGUUGCAGCUGUUCAUCACAAUUCAGGACGUUAAAGAUUUCUCUCACAGUGGUGGAGCUGUAGAUUGAAUUUUAUUUUAUUUUUUAUUUUAGUUCAAUCCUUAUUGUUUUGUGGUGCAAAACAGUCAAUUCGGCCCUAGGAUCUGAGCAACCUUUCAGCAUGUUUAAUUAACAUAAUUUAACACAAUAGUAGAACAUAUGUACUAACAUUUGUCUCUUUGAUUUCUGCUACUUUUCUUGUGAACUGUACAAAUAUUUAAAUACCUGCAAAUGUGUCUAAUGUAUUUUUUUUAAACUACUUUUAAUCUUAUUUGUCACUCGCUAACACUUUCAGUGGCCAGGAAGUGCUUUGAAUCUGCAAAAAAUAUUUAAUAUUUUCAGUGAAAAGCUUGUUUUGCUAAACCAUCCAACUGUGUGAAUAUGUAUUUGGGUUUUUUUCUGUUGUGAAUAAAAACAAGUAAAAUUUCA